AUGUCGUUCCUCGCUGGUACCAAGAUUGAGAAGCUCGACAAGACUACCGUCGAUGCUGCCGAAGCGCUUCAGGGAAAAGUUGUCGCGUUGUACUUCUCGGCGCAUUGGUGCCCACCGUGCCGCGCGUUCACCCCGAUUCUCAAGGAUUUCUACGAGGACGAUGCUGUCGAUGGCAAAAUCGAAAUCGUGUUCGUCUCGUUCGAUCGUUCCGAUGAGGAUCUCAAGAAGUACAUGGCCGAGUGCCAUGGCGACUGGUAUCAUAUUCCGUUCGGAUCCGACAAAAUCAAAGAAUUGGCCACCAAAUAUGGUGUUUCGGGAAUUCCCGCGUUGGUUGUUGUCAAAGAUGAUGGAACUGAGAUCACCAAAAAUGGAAAGAAUGAUGUUCAGACUAAACGUCCAGAAGUGGUUUUGAACGCCUGGAAAUCUGGCUAA